AUGGAUAAAUAGGGUUCAGAAAUGAGAUGCCAUUUCUUUGGUUAUGAUUCAAAUUUUAUCGGAUAUUAUGAAAAAAGAAAUUAUAAUAAAUUUAAUGCAUUCUGUUUAUUGGUUCUUUAAAAUAAAAAUAUGAUAUAAAGCUAACCUUAACAAUCUUAAUUCUAGAGGAGAAUGUAGAAGAUUAAAGGGUUUCUAAACUCUGAAUCGAAUUUUUCACCAGUGGAGGAAACUAUUGAGAGGAAAACUAGAACUCCACUUUUAACUCAAUAGCAAAUGUAAAGUUCGGACUUAAGCGAUCAUGACACACAUUCUAAUAAUGUUGAAAAUAAUCAAAUUGGAUUGAAGAAUAACUGCUUCUUGGACGAAUACACCUUGGGAGAGAAAUUAGGAGAAGGGACAAAUGGUAUUGUGUGGUUGUGUUGGCCUAAGAAAGACGAUUAGACGAAAUACGCAGUUAAAGUUAUUCCAACGGACGACGAGGAGAUAAUUAGUAUGGUGAAAUAAGCCUUUAUCAAUUCACAAUUACUAAAAAGCCCGUUUAUAGCGAAAUGUUAUAAAUUGUUCAUUGAAUAAACAAAGUUAUAUUUGUUAAUGGAAUGGGUCCCUUGUUCUAAUUUGGAGACCCUCCUGAAACAGAAUUAGAAAUUGAAAGAAAAACACGUGUAAUAGAUAGCAUUGACUUUGUUGAAGGCAGUGAAAUGCUUGCACAAGGCAGGAGUCUGUCAUCGAGACAUAAAACCAGACAACAUUUAAGUUUGCACGGAUUACAAGAUCAAGUUGAUUGAUUUUGGAGUUUCAAGAAGAUUUGUCACCAUUAAUUAAAAUACAUUAAGGUACAACCGAAAUAAAAUGAUGACAAUUACUGGGAAUAUUCACUACCGAGCACCGGAAAUCUAUAGAGAUUAUGGUUAUGAUUCUCAGGUUGACUUGUGGGCGAUCGGUGUUGUGAUAUAUUAAUGUCUAACUGGAAUUUUACCGUAUACUUCUGAAUACACUGGUGAUUUAAUUGAGAUUCUUUCGCAAAGAGAACCAUCUUUGGACCCGUUCCACAAGUAGGUCUUCUUGGAUUUGCCCACUAGUUGUAGAGACUUCAUAAAGAGACUUAUGAUGUGGAAUCCUUUAAAAAGAUUGAAUGCUUCAGAGGCAUUGAGGCACAUUUGGGUUCCAUCCUACACAUUUCCAAACAAGAUUAAAAUUGUGAAAGAUGAUAUUGAUGUAAGUAAGAGCAGCCAAAACAGUGAUCUGUACAACAAAACUCUGAUAAAUUCUGCAAUGAUUCUCAAUUAGGAAUUAGCCAACACUCUUUUAAAGAGUAGGAGAUUUGACGCAAUUUAGGAGGAAGAUACUCCAAAAGAGAUGAAUAAGAGUUUGGAAGUGUCAAUAAAUGCGUGUAGCUACAAUUAAGAUAGUUUAAAAUAGAGAUUGGAAUAAUUUAAAUUAUUAUCUUCGACUUAGAUCCAUUAAAGAAUGGGGAACAAGAAGGAAACCAUCAAAUACAUCAACACGAUAACCAUUUUUGAGAGUGAGAACAGCAUCAGUGAUUUCAAUUCUGGAAUGGAGACAUCCAUAAAUGUUAGAAAUUUACAAGUACAAACUUCGGGUAAGAAUGUGAAAGAUUUGUUUGGACUAAAUUUGUGUGAAAGUUAGGUCUCUUUGACAUAGAUUGAUGAUAUUAUGCCUGAGAAUAAUAUUUAAUAGCUUCAGAGCAAACAGAUUGAUGCUGAUCUUUUGCAAUAGCUUACCUAAUUUGAAUAAUGA